AUGCCUUCGAAUCCUCAUAACCAAAAUCCUCAUACCCCAAAUCCUCACAAACGUCUAUUUCCACCGCAUCCCGGCACCAACACUUCGACACCUCUCGUCUCCCACGCACCUCCUCACGCAACCACCACAUCCCGCAGAACCGACAUGCGCUGCUCCGCCAUCUACUCCGCGUUCAGCGCGUUACUGCUCCUCCUCACCGCACAUACCUCGGCCACGCCCCUCGCCAACAGCACCGCCCGUAAGCCCCCCGCCCCCACCACGCACGCACAAAGCACCAACCAACGAGCCCACCGCGCAGCAUGCUCUCUAGCCGCCACUCCUCCGGUCCAAACACCCCACAGCCCCUUCGAAGGCGACUGCGCGCGAGGCCACCCCGUCCCCGUCCAUGGCAUCGUGACGCCAGCGACGAAGCACGCGAUCGAAGCCGCGCAUGGCGCCUUACGCGUGCCUGAGGGCAGGGAACUGCAUUUAAGAGCUACGGAACUGGAUGGGACGGACCUGGAAGCAGCGCACUUGAGACUGCUGACGGAAGAGGGGAAUGAGACGCGUUUGAACAUGAUUUCGGGCCGGAAGUUCGAGGGGAAGGUUGUCGAGGAGCUAUUUGUAAGCCCGUUGGUCGGGUUUGAGGUCGCCGCUAUGGCGUGUGUGGGUGCUGCGUAGGGCUGUUUGGUGGGUUUGGGGUUUGGCAGGUUUGCUGGUUGCGACAUGUUUGGCGGCUGCUUGUACCA